AUGGUUUGUCAACCCGAUACAGUCGAUGGAAAAACUCAAUUGUAUCCAAUAGCUUCCCCCUCUGUACGUUUCACUGAAACACAACAACGUUACUCGACCGUCGAACGGGAAUUAUGGGCCGUACUGUACACUCUAGAGAAAGCUCGCCUGACCCUAUCUUCAUCGAUUACCAUCUAUACUGACAACCAGUUAUCAUUGCCUUAUUGA